AAAUUCUCUCUCUUUGUCUCUCUCUGUGUCACAAACGCAUACACACAGAGGUGAGAGACACAAUUUUAAGAUUGUUGAAAGAGAGAGAAAGAAAGAAAUAGAAAAAUAAAUGGUUGUGAAAUGUUUAAGUGGAUAGAAGAUAGUAUAGAGAAGAAGAGAGGAUGAAUUUGUCAUGCAGUCCAUGGCUACUCGCUUUACUUCUUCUUUUUACAUUCAUAAUUGUCAAGUUAAGCAUUCAACAACACCUUCUGUUCUCCUUUCUUCUUUUAGUGCCAGAAAACCCCCUUACAACACACUUGUCUUCCAGGCUGUCAGGCUCUUGGGUCCUCCAGCAAGAUUUGAAGCUUCAAAGCUGGAAGUCUUGUUAAAAGGAGAAGAAGUUGAUACAUACUCUAGUAUCGUGCCAAGGACGUAUACAUUAUCCCAUUGUGAUUUAACUGCUAAUCUGACAUUGACCAUUUCAAAUAAUAUCCAAUACGAUCAGUUAAAGGGGUGGUAUAAUAAGGAUGAUGUGGUUGCUGAAUGGACAGAAGUGAAAGGCAAUUUGUUUCUUGAUGUCCACUGUUAUGUGAGCGGACCGAAUCCCCUACAAGAGCUGGCUGCCGAGUUCAGAUACCAUAUAUUCUCCAAGGAAUUGCCAUUGGUACUUGAGGCUGUGCUCUAUGGGGAUUCAGAUUUCUUCAAGGAGCAUGAAGAACUAAUGAAUGCUAUUGUUAGAGUCUAUUUCCAUUCAAGCUCAAAGAAGUACAAUCGUGUAGAAUGCUGGGGUCCUCUAAAAGAUGCUGCUAAGGGAAGACAAGGGGAUUAUAUCAAUGGUUUGUUAUCGUCAAGCAAGGAAGAUUUUCACCCUCCAAAAAUCCAGGGAAGUGCAAAAUCAAUCUUCCAAGCUCUUUUCACCUUCCUUCUCUAAGCUAAUAUAAUAAGGUGAAAGACUGCAAAGAGUUCAUGGUUUUAGGACGUUUCGACUUGAGCUGCCUAAUAAUUCGACUUUUUGCACUUGGAAGGAUCUCUCUUGAAACACAUUUUAGAGUCAUGGGGUCCUGCAUUUUGAUGACUUAUAAAGACGAGAAUUGUUUGCAAGGUCAUUAGAUUCUUUUAUAUGUAUGUAUUGCAUUCUUUCGAAUGAGCUCUUGACUGACAAUUCUUGUAAAAACCAAAGACUAUUUUCCAUUUCACAUAUCAAUCAGCAAUUGUUCCAUA